CACGCCACAGACAGCAUGGAGACGCUUCUUCUUCUAUUUCCUCAAUUCAGCUACAUGCCCCCAAAGGAGGAAGCAUAUUUCAAAAUGUUUGGUCCAGUAGGCUUACAGACACCAAAGAUGAAGGACGACAGUAGCAGGCAGAAAGACAAAGAGAGGAAGAGUCGGCUUAGCCUUUUUCUCACCAAGUCAGGCUCUCACGAAAACGUCAGUCCCAGUAAAAAGACAGCUACGACACCCAGCAACAUCUCAACAGAGGCAGCUUUGCAAUGGAGCGACUCCUUUGAAGAACUACUAAAGCACUCAGAUGGGGUGGAAACCUUCUCUCAGUUCCUCAGGACAGAGUUCAGUGAAGAAAACAUUGAGUUCUGGUUGGCCUGUGAAGAAUACAAGACCAUUGAUUCUGAGACAAAGCUGCUGUCCAAAGCCAAAUAUAUUUAUACAAUUUUUAUUGAAUCCGAGGCCCCUAAAGAGAUCAACAUUGACUAUCACACCAAGACAGCCAUCCAGAACAACAUGGCAAAGCCCACAAAGAGCUGUUUUGAAGCAGCUCAGAUGAAAGUCUACAGCCUGAUGAAAAAGGACUCCUACCCCAGGUUCCUGCAAUCUGACAUCUAUCUGCGACUCACCAGGAGGAAAGGCCCCGGAGCCACCAUGUUUCGCAGAAGGUCACGCUCCUGUGUAUUCAACGACAGAGGGGAGGCCACGACCGAACCCUCAGCCUGGUAGCUUGGAGGAGCAGUAGCUCACUCUGUGAGAUGGAUUAAUUAUUAUAUUACAGCACAACUGCUGAAAUAUAAUGUGUGGUGCGGAAGUUUAUUAUUUUCCACAGGUUUGCUUCUGCAGAGUGCAUUAUUUUUUUAUAACCACCGUUGCCACAGUGGAUUACUCCACAUGCACAGCACUGUGACAGCAUGCCAGCAAUAGUAAUCUAAAUAACAUUUUGGGAAGUACAUUUGUUUGCUUUCUUGAAUGCACAGACUGCUACAAGUCUUAAAUGCGUGUGCGGUAAAUGCGUGGCUACAGCUAGAAGCUGGCUAGUUUAGCUUAGCAUAAAGGCCGUUAACAGGAGAUUAUAGCCACAAAAGCUCUGUUUCAGAGUAACAAAAUUCAAGCGCAGUUCCUCUAAAGCUAAUUUUAAAAGCUUUAAGCUUUAUAUGUUAAUGGUUCAUUCUGUGGAGGAAAAAAAAAGAUAGUAUUUAAAGAAGUUCAUCUCACUGUUUCACUUCAUUCUGAGUCUUUGUGAUGGGAUACGCUAACGGGCUGCGGGCGGUAGCUUUAUGUCAUGCAGAUAGGAGAGUUCACAGGAUUAACCUUCAGCUACAAGAAUAAUCUCAAAGGUUACGUCACAGCCAUGUGGUUAUCUGAAAAUAAUGGACGCCCCCUGGUCAAUCAGAAUUGAAUAUUCUCAGUGGCCAUUGCAUGAAACCAGGUUACGCUGCAGCAUCUGUGGAUUAAUCUAUCCAUUCUUUUCCUCAGAGGCGCUCUACUUGUGGAUUCAAUCUUUAUUGAUGAUUUUUAGAUUUUUUUUUUUCAAAUCUCACAAAACUUGAAUGACAAUGUGAUAGCUAGCUAGAGACAGAAUCUCAGAUGAGACGCCUCCUCCCCACUGACAGUCUCCAGCCAGCCGUACAGGCAGCCACACUGAGGCAGCCCUCGUGACUUCAGACAGCGUAUACUUCACUUGCUUUGUUUUCCGAUCCAACAACAGCACCUUAAAACACCAUUAAUGCAGUCAAUGCGGCAUACAAGCCAAUUUGAAUGUGUCUCAUUAAAAGGAAUUCAUGAGUUUAUCCUUCUAUCGCACUGCCCACCUGUCUCAAUACUAACUUGCAGUGACAGCCUGCUGCAAAAGUACAGAAACCUUUUGUUUUUUUAACAAGAGCUACAGAUCUCUUAUUUCUGCUGUUAAUCAAAGACUCGUUUUUUUUUUCCACUCCAAGAAAAUGUAUCUGUGCUAUUUGAAUACUAAUAUUAUAAAUUAUGAUUGCCUUAUUUUUUCCGUUUGCUACCACCUAAUAAUUUAUGUAUUAUUCAUAUGUCAUCAUACGUGUUGACUUUGCUGUAAAUGAUGUGGAGUAACUCAAAUAAACACUUUCUUAUAAAGCA